UCAGUAAUAAUUCAAACUAUUAAAAUAAAAUUACAAUGCCUUGCGAUGGGAAGAAUCCAAAUUGUGAUCGACGUCGCGAACUUUUGUCGCAGUUAAAAUGUCUCGUGAGUUCCAUGGACCGCAAAAAACCGUGCGAAUGGGACGAGCCACCCUGUCCACCACCAGCAUGUGUGCCAGAUACUUCAGGGAGAGAUCCUACGACACACUAUAUGCCAAUCAAAGCAGUCAAGAGUGUAAAUUUUCGCGGCAGCGUUAUGUACAGAUGCGAGUGUAUUAAAAGAAACGGGCUUCAAGAUCGCUGCAUGAUGAUGGACUGCAUGGGUCGUCCGGAGUGUACGACCAAGUUAUACCCAAUGUGUCAUUCGGGAAGAGCUGCUCUGCUCAAGCUCACCGAUCUUGGAGACACUCAGACAGCUCUGGAGAAAUUCUACGCCGCUGACAAGGCCAGAGAAUCUGCCUUGGCGGCCUAUUAUCGUUUAGUUUGUCCUGAAACAAACGGCGACGGUUCUCCAUGUGCUCCGCCUCUGUUCAUAAGUCCGCCGUCACAAACUGGCUAUCAACAGCAGUGUGAGAUACCAGAUUGUCAGCCUUGUCAUCAAAGCCCCGAAGAUCAGUAUCGCCAGCAAAAACCAUCAUCUUUUCCGUGUCAUCAAGGUCCUGGAGAUCAACUGUACAAUCAAAAUUGUCAGCCUUGCUAUCAAAGUACUAAUCAGCAUCAAUCUUACGGCCAUCCGCAACCGCAACCGCUGCCGGUACAAAGACAAUUACCUUAUCAGUCGUGUCAGCGAGGUCCUGGGGAUUAUUAUCAAUCAUUUUAUCAACAAAAUCCAAGAAACCAAGACAUUCGCUAUCCGGUUCAAAGAAAUCAACCGCAGUGUCCUUAUCAAUCUCCUGAAUUUUCUCAGUUCCAACCAUAUCAACCGCAGACUCAAUCUGCGCCUUGUAUGGUUCCAAACUAUGUACAUUGUUGA